UCGACGUCGGCUAUACCUACCCGAAAAUAUUCGUGUUUUUCCGCCGUAGUCCGGGAAGAAAGCACCAAUCGGAACAUUAUCUAUAAGACUGACGGAAAGGGCCGAAAAGUUGCGAUUGAGAAAGCACAUGGUUUCUGACGCGUGCGCAUUGAGUUUAAUUUGCGGGAAGACGUUCGAAAAAACAUGUCAGCAUUGGAGACAAGUCUUGUUUUCUGGCCAGAAGAGAGUGCCUGGUCAUUGGUACAGAAUUCAGCAUUAGAGACGGGGGCUACAAUAGGAUCCAAAACUCGAGUGAAGUUCAAGUGCAAAAAGUAUCUAGCCAUUUUAAUUGCAAAGGUUCUUAAAAGCAAGGGAAAGAAGUUUCAAGGUUACUUGAAUUCUCUUCUUUUUGAGGAAGAGACUGCUGAUGACAUCAUAAGAAGAACAAGAGAAGAGUACUCCAGAAAGACUAUGUCACCAAAGAUGAGCUGGAUGCAGUUGUGGAUGACUUAAGAAGCCUCCGCAGAAGAGUAAGAAAAUUAGAAGCAGCAGCAGCAGCAAAUACCACAAAGGGAGAGAAAAGCGAGGCCAACAUAGAUUUAAACCAACUGAUGGAAAAUGCUGACAAUGAAUUCAAUGCUGUUGAAAUACUGCUGCUGCAUUUCUUUGACAAAGAAACAAUAUUGCAAUCGUCUGUCAGUGGCAAGAGGGCUAAUACUAAAGUGAAUCUUGAGUCUUUAAAAUAAAGCACUAGACUUCACAAAAAUUACAAAAAUAAAAUCUAUUCUUAAGAGUAAGUUUCCAGCAAUAAAACAUAAAGAUAUCACGCAAAAAAAUACACAGUGAGCAGAAGAAGCUGCAGAGGAGGUGUUCGAAGGAGUAAUUCUCUCCAGUUACUUUGAUGUUACAGUUACUCUUGAAGUCAUCAGUUUUCAAGUAACAUUUAAGUUUCAAGUGCCAUUAUUUUCUUUCUAAAUGAUGUUGCCGUUGGCACAGUUUAUCUGAUGUGAUUUGUGUAUAUCGCUGACAUAGUUAAUGAUAUACCCCUGGAUAUUAUGGAUGAUUUAAUGUAUAGGUUGUUUUAAUAUAAUACACAGUUUUGUUCACAGUUUCAAGGUUGAGUUUGAAAACUAUCAUUGCGGAAUCAUUUUAAAAAAAGUUGUUGAUUAUAGGCUUUAUAGCUGUAAAUUUAACUUAACUCAGAGAAUUCUAGUGAUGUGGCGCAAACGUUUUAAUCUUUUCAUAUUGUAAAAUAACUUGUUAUGGUUUUGAACUUUCCAUAUUUUGUGACACAAAGGCAAUUCUUGCACAAUUGAUACUUAACAAUAUAAGCCAUUAUUUGACAAGUGUAUUUUUGAUAUUUAAGUGUACACAGUCCACUUAUUUUUUCAUAUUUUGCCUUGAAGCGGCGCAGGUCACAGUUAAAAUUGUUUUUGUUAUUUAUAGAAGUAUUUUUAGUAAAAGUGUCAUACUACCAAAUCAUAACCACAUACUGGUAUUAAAUAUGUUGCUGAAAUAUGGUCAUUUCGUAACUUGUCCAUGGUCAAACACGUUUUGGAACUGGGAGCCAAUUUACAAACGUGAUUGACCAUGUUUCAAACAUGUUUAUAAUGUUGUCAGAACACAGCUAGAACAUGUUUUGACACAUGAACAAUCAUGUUUAAAACAUGGUUUGACUGUAAUUGUAAUAAAUUCUGCAUGGUUACAUCAUGGUUUAUACAUGGCUAAAACGAAGCCCCAUCAUUGUCACUUAUAUCAUGGCCAAAACAUAGUCUUUUCAGCAGUAUGUUUCUGACUACCAUAUCAGAACCAUUUAAUGGUAUUAAAUAUGUUGCUGAAAUAUGGUCAUUUCAUAACUUUUAUUGUCCAUGAUCAAACAUGUUUUGGAACUGGGGGCCAAUUUACAAACAUCAUCAACCAUGUUUUAAACAUGUUUAUAACAUUGUCAGCACAAAGCUAGAACAUGUUUUAUGGAAAGGUUUGAAACAUGAGCAACCAUGUUUCAAACAUGGUUCAAACAUGGUUUGGCUAUAAUCAUUUCCG